AUGAAUUUCUUUCUUUCUUUCUUUCUUUCUUUCUUUCUUUCUUUCUUUCUUUCUUUCUAUUUAGUCCAGUUUGAAUCUAUCUAUCUAUCUAUCUAUCUAUCUAUCUAUCUAUCUAUCUAUCUAUCUAUCUAUCUAUCUAUCUAUCUUUUGAAUCUAUCUAUCUAUCUAUCUAUCUAUCUAUCUAUCUAUCUAUCUAUCUGUUUUGUCCAGUUUGAAUCUAUCUAUCUAUCUAUCUAUCUAUCUAUCUAUCUAUCUAUCUAUCUAUCUAUCUAUCUAUCUGUUUUGUCCAAUUUGAAUCUAUCUAUCUAUCUAUCUAUUCAACAUUUUAAAUAUCUAUCUAUCUUUUCUAUCUGUUAUGUCCAGUUUGAAUCUAUUUUUCAUUUUAUCUUUGGUAUCUAUCUAUCUAUCUAUCUAUCUAUCUAUCUAUCUAUCUUGUUUAAUUUGAACGCAUGCAUCUAUCUAUCUAUCUAUCUAUCUAUCUAUCUAAAUAGACAAUAUCUAUCUAUCUAUCUAUCUAUCUAUCUAUCUGUUUUGUCCCUAUUUAUCCUUUUUUUCAAUUGCUUUUUUUCAUCCCUUUUUUUUUCCUUCUUUCUUUUCUCAUCAUUUGAUUUCUUUCUAUUUUUCUUUUCUUUUUCCUUAUUUAUUUUUCCUUUCUUUAUUUUUUCUCGUUUUCUUCCAUAUUUUUCUUUUCAUUCCUUCUUUCGUUCAUUCUUUCCUUUUUUCUUUCUUUCUAAAGUUAUUUUUUCGUUCACAUUUUCUAUUCAUUUUUUUCUUUACUUUCUCCAUUUUCUUUUUUCCUUCUUUACUUUUCCUUUCUUUUUUUUAUAUUUUUUCGCUCUUUCAUAUUUUUCAUUCUUUCUUUCUUAUUUGCUUGAUUUAUUUUCCUUUCUUUUUUCUUUCUUUCUUUACUUUUUCUUCCUUCCGUCUUUUUUAUUUUCUUUCUUGUUUGAUUUUUUUUCUUUCUUUCUUUUUUGCAAGUUACAUUUUUCUUUCAAAAUUCCUAUUUAUUUUUUUUCUUUCUUUCUCUUUUCAUGCUUUGAUUUCUUCCUAUUUUUCAUUCUUUUCAUUCUUGACUUAUCUUUCUCGUCUUCUAUACUUUUACCACGUCCGUAUUUUGCUCUUCUUUCUUUUCUUUUCAAAAUUGCUUAUUUUUUCGUUCUUAUUUUUUGUUUAUUUCAAAUUCUUUCUGUAUUUUCCCCAUUCCUUCUUUCUUUCUCUAUUUACUCUUUUUUUCUUUCGCUUUCACAUUUUUUUCAUUUGUUUUUUCCAAUAUUUCUUUUCCGACUGAACCGCCGUCUCCAAAAAAUUUUGUCCGGAAAUAUUUUAAUCCAAGCAAAAGUCGAACGAAAGUCCCAUCUGCUUCUUUCCUUUUUCUCUCCCGGCGUUCCUGGCUUCGAUUUUGUUUUCCCAAUCCUUUGUGGCAGCUUAAAAUUGCCCGUGGGCUGGGGGUGCAAGGCGAAACCAUUUCUCCAGAGGGCGUUCUUCUCCUACCCCAGGGACCGGGCCAGCGGUGUCUGCAGGCAAAGAAAUGGCAGACGUUCAAGACGCGAGCAGAAUUCGAUCACGAGUCCAACGGCCGUCAAUAUAUGA